UAUAUAUUCCAGAAUAAAUAUUAUUGAGUCUUAUUAUAAUCACUCGGCUAGAGUUUCAUCUUCUAGCUUCUAGCUAUUGAAAUUGAGCCAUGUAUAAAGCGCCCAGUCUAUCUCGUAAUUAUGAGUUGUUCACCUCUUAAUUGUUCUCAUCUCCAUCACCGAGCGUCUCUAGCAUCGCCAGUGCGGCCAUUGCUGUCAUUCAGAAUAUUUGUUUUCCUGCAGAAAAUUUAGUGAAAAACCCUUUGUGGAUAAACCAAAUGAGGUAACACAAUGACAACGAUAAAUGACCUGCCCGAUGAGGUGCUGGAGUUCAUAAUAGAACUCCUGCCACCGUACAGAGACGUGGAAAACUGCCAAUUGGUGUGCAGAAGAUGGGAGCAGCUGGUGAGAAAUGUUCGUUUCCGGAAGACCGUCUCGUUCCAGCGCGCCGUGACUGAGGGGAAUCUGUGCUGGAAGGAGUGGCAGCCUCCAGAUCCCCGGACGCCAGUCAUCGCCGGACGAUAUUCGCACUCUGCGACUGUGUACAAGGACGUGAUGUACGUGUUCGGGGGCGGAAGUAGCGAGGUGACCACAUUCAAUGACCUGUGGGCGUUCAAUUUGUCCUCGAGGGAGUGGAGUCGGUGUAAUUCCCACGGGGCGCAUCCUUAUCCCUCGCCAAAGGCCAGGGCGACGAUGGUGAGCCACGAGGAUCGACUGGUGGUGUUCGGCGGACUGCGCUAUCCACCCUCGUAUCCGCCCUACCAGCGAGUCAACCUCUUCGAUGAGCUGCACGUGUACAAUUUGAAGGAGAGCCACUGGAUGUACCCCAAAAUCUCCACUCACUGGCCUCCGGCCAUGGCUGGACACUCGGCGACGAUUCACGGCCGGCAGAUGGUCAUCUUCGGCGGACUACAAGAAACGCCACUGUACGUGGCGUGCUCGCAUGACGUGUGGAUCCUUGAUCUGGCCAACUUCACGUGGAAGUUGCAGGAGACAUCGUCCCCCAAGCCAGCGCCUCGGAUAGAUCACUACCAAAUCCGCCUGGAUGAGCAGCACCUGCUGAUCGCGGGCGGAUUGGGUGGCGUGAACAAUCCCUUCACUGACAUGUGGCUCUUGACGAUGACCUCCGCUGUGUGGCAGUGGCGAGAGAUUCCGGUGCGGAAGAAGAAGUUCAGCGCUGCCAGAAUGUGGACAAAUCCCUCGUGCCACGUCGAUGGGAAGCUAAUAGUGCUCGGCCAGAACUGUUCACUGCCGAAAGACCUCCAGAUCACUGCCCAGAUUCGGCUGAGUCAGCAAAUUCAGUAUCCACGCCAGCAAGAUCCGCACAGAUUGAGGAAUCCCCAUCAGGAGCAACCUCAUCCGGCUCCUGAGCCGCCGCGGCCCAUCUCUGCGCACCAUCCGCGCGUUCCCACGCACCACCUCGGAAUGCUGGCGUUCAGGGACUCGUGCGCUGCACAGGAGAUGCGCGAGCGUCGUCUGUCGGCCCUGCAGAAGCGCGAGCAGGAACUGCUGGCGCGCCGCGGCAUCCAAAGGCCACCGCCGAAGCCUCCGGUGGCCAAGAGACCGCGCCAGAACUGCGAGGCGGUGUUCAUCUGUGAUCUGGCCCACGUCCUGGACCCUCAGGAACCCUUCGCCGAGUGGCUGGAGACGCGCGAGGGCGGAAUCCUGCCCGGGGCGCCGCUCAAGACCAUCCUCUCGACGCUGGCAGUGGGCAAUGGGGAGCUGAUCAUGUUUGGCGGACUGGAGCAGAACGCCAACCACGGCAAUUACGCGGCCAACAAUCACGUCCACUUCAUCACGGUGCCGCACACGGUGAUUUGAGGCCCGCGCGGCCCGAGAAUAAAUAUUUUCCUAACUCAAAUGCGCGAUGCUUUCGACUCUGAUGUGCUCGACUUGGACGUUUUGGUGAGAGAAACACUCUAUUGAGAUCGAUAUCCUUUAUUUUCUGGAGAAUAAUACAAGCGCCUUUGGACAGAUUUAUGCAUGUUUCUUUGGGAAAGUGUGGAAAUAAGAGCGUUUAUUCAGGGUUUAACAAGAAGGUUUAUUUCAUAUUUAUCUCAAAUUCUUUGAAAUCAUUUUUACAUAGAUUUUUCGAUUCAUUUUGAAUGUUCACAAGAACUAUUCAUAUUUCUCUUCCCUCAAUAUUAGAUACUUAUUUUGAAAGAAAAAUAUACACAAUUUCUCUUCCUUCAAUUUCUGAUUUAUUCCAAAAAUAUUAUUUUGCAUUCUAUUUGAAGCUGACGACAAAAAGCAGUUUCAGAAUUUAUGAGAAAAUUGAAAAAUGGAUUUUUGCCAUUGAAAUCGAUUUUAAAAGUCCUUUGAAAAGCACAGUUGAAUUUCAAAUCAAUUUCUUUGACUUUAUUUGAUAAAACUCAUUAAUUUCUACUUCACUUUUGCGUCUCAAGAAGAUUAGAGAUUUUUUUCUCAGUUAAUUUCCAGAACGAUUUUCCUAAA